AUGAGCGCAGCUGCAGAGCAAAGAGAUCGUGUGGUACGCUUGAACGAAAGCUUUAGAGUCGCCAAGAUAUUGGGACUACAAGGCUUUUCUCAAGUAGUGGAAGGCGGGCGUGGAGAGAUCAAUGAUGUAUUCUUGUACAAUGCUGUCGCAACGUUCUUGGCGUCCAAGCAUUUCAACGAACGCAGCGGGGAUAUUCUAUCAGAGCUCCCUUCAUUGUUGGGUGGAUGUGAUCUCUACUGGUCCUACGAAUACCGAGACGGGCAGCAGCAAAACCUGGAAGCGGCACGACAACUCCUGGCAGCUUUCGGUUCAGGGCGGGGAGACGUCCACCACCCCCGCCGUCAAGAGGAAAGAGACAUGAAGGUGUUUCAUAUCAUCACUCCGCCUCCGAGCCAGGCCCCCAGCUCAUUGCAAGAGUUGUUGGAAUCCCAAGGAAUCGAGGCGGGCAACUAUCACUCUGCCAUGGGCAUGCCAGAAGUACGGCACGUCACUCACGAUCUAGAACCAAUGGGUGUGUACGGGGCAUAUUGGUCUCGCGUGAGCAAGACUAAUCUUGCCAUGACAGCCGCAUUGGAGACGCCAUACAUUACUGCCGGGACGACCUCUGCCGAGUUGGCCGGUUCCCCUCUGUUUGCUCGGACAAGUCCCGACAACAACGGAGACGCUCGUGCUGCCAUGGUUUACUACAAGAACAUGGGGAUCUCUCAUGUGGCAGUACUCUUCAUCAAGGACAGCUGGGGCAUCAACUAUCACGCCGGCUUGACCAGGUAUGCAAACGAGUUUGGUGUCACUACCGUGGCUUCGUUUGCCUAUGAUACAGACUCGAUCGAGCGCACCAUUGCGGAUCUACAAAAGGCAGGCUACAGACAUAUCUUUGCAAUUAUGCACAGUUGGCGAGACGUGAUACGUGUUGCUUAUGACUACGGGAUUGUUGGGCAACCAGGCUACGUUUGGAUAGCAGCAGAGGGAGGCAAGUGGACAUCAGAGAGCUUUCAGCUUGAUGCUAUCGUAGACGAGGACUUGGCGAGGGCGCUGCACGGAAUUGGGACACUCAACAUUUAUGUGGAGCCGUUUCCGGCUUUUGAUGAAGCCAUGAAAGAGUUUGCUUCCAAUAGCACCCUGCAGCGUGAAUUUGUCGACAUCCACGCCAACGCUGACAUCUUUGAUAACUACACCUUUCCUGAGUAUGCCCCCAAUGGCUUCUCAGAAGCAGCCUACGAUGCCAUCAUUUCUCUAGGUGUGGCAGCCUGCAAUGCCUCCAACAACUUGCCGGAUCAGUUCUCUGGCCCGGAACUCUACGACGUACUCCGAAAAACAGACUUCCUGGGUGUCUCGGGGCACGUCCAAUUCGAUCCAAUCACAGGUUCCAGACUGCCGCAAAAUGUACGCUACAGCAUUGAGUAUGUCACUCGAAGCGAGGAGCGGUCAGACAUGUACUUUGAACGCUUCGAUUCCAACAUUGUUGCCAUUGUGCUGGAUGACAACCUGACUUCCUUGUACCCAUUCGUCUACAAUGACGGCACAACCAAUCUUCCAGCAGCUUUGCCUCCCAUUGCUGAUGUUGAGUUGCACUUACUCUCUGGUGGGGCCCAGGCAGUUGGAUUUUGCCUCGCAGGAUUGGUAAUGCUUUGUUCCGUGGUGUGCUUCGCCUGGACCCUCCGCAAUAAGGAGAAGUACAUAGUACGGGCAGGGCAGCCCUAUUUCCUCUGCCAACUAUGUGUGGGCGCAUUUGUUAUGUGUUCCGCUGUCUUCCCAUGGAGCCUCCCUUUGUCGACUCCAAUACACACCCAUGCCGAACGCAUCAACGACGAUCAUUGGUCCGACGUUGAGAACACGUCCGGGCUCGAUGCUGCCUGCCUCUCGCACCUCUGGCUUAUCGCUGUUGGCUUCAGCAUCGGGAGUUCCGCUUUAGCCUCCAAGUCGUGGCGGUUGAGAAAGCUACUGAAAUCUGGAGCAAAUAUGCGGCGUGUCGAAAUCAAAAUCAGUGAAUGUAUGCAUCCCUUGUAUGUUAGUCUCACCGUCAACAUUGGGCUGAUGUCCUGCAUCACGGGACUUUCACCACUUCGCUAUGAACGGGUGCUGAUGGACGACUAUGACAGUUUUGGUCGCAGCGUUGAAUCCUAUGGUGGCUGCAAGCCUGCGAGUGACAAAUUCUACCUCUUCGGUGGGGCGCUGUUGAUCCUAAACUUUCUGGGGGUCCUGCUCGUCGCAAGGGAAGCAUACAAAAGUCGCAAUGCACCAGCGGAUUUCACUGACGCCUACUUUCUAUCCUUGGCCAUGUUGAGUCUCCUAGAGAUUCUCAUUUUGGGAGGACCAAUUUUACUUCUUGCGGGAGAAACCCCGACCACCUUAUUCCUGGUCGGAUCCUCCUUGAUGGCGACUGGAUGUUUGACAAUCCUUUUAUUCCUCUUCCUGCCCAAGUAUAUGGGUCGCAACUUGCGACAUGGAAUGCGAUCCAUUGCCAAUUCUAUGAACCAGAGCACAGCCAGAGAAAGAACCCGUCGCCAACACACCUCAUCUGUUACAACAAGUGUACGGACAUCCGUACGAGGUCCGCCGCCCGGACUGCUUGAACUUCAAGCGCCACUCGAUUUGGAAACUGAGCCAACGAAGGAAAACCGAGAAACUGGGAAGAUGUACAUAACGCGGACCGCUCCUAGGCAGUAG